UCUUCCUCCUCCUCCCUUCCCGUCACUUCUUUUUUUCCUCUUCCCUCCCAAGCAUCCAGAACACUUCGAGAACCCUAAACCCUUCGCCACCGGAGCGAGCAAAUCCCGCCGCUUCGCAGGACGAUUGCGUGAUUCGACCCGCUCCGAUCGUCCGGCUUCUCCGAUUCGGCGCCCGGAUUGCUCGCCCCCGUCGCGGGCUGUCGGGGAUCGGCGCGAUUUGGGCCCGAAGCAUCUAGAAGCUGGAAUCGGCGCGGAUUUGGGGGCGCGCGCGCGCGUGGAAUCGGAAUGUCCGCGGCGAGUCAUCUUCUCGCCGUGGUAGUGCUCUACGCCGCGUUUUCCUCCGCCACAUCGUUCACCGAUCCCUCCGAUGCCAUCGGGAUUUGGGCAUUAUAUCGUGCACUGGAGUCACCAUGGCAGCUUUCAGGGUGGACAUCCAUGGGUGGUGAUCCCUGUGGUGGAUAUGGGGAACGUGGAUUGUGGCACGGGAUCAUUUGCAAGGACUCGUGUGUCGUGGCUAUAAAUAUUAGUGGGCUCGGGGUUGGUGGGUGGCUUGGACCAGAACUGCUCAAACUUCACUCUUUGAAAGAGCUUGAUGUGAGCUUCAACAACAUCGCUGGUGAAAUCCCACCCACUUUGCCCCCAAAUGUGGAAUACUUAAAUUUGGCUGCGAACAAGUUUGUGGGAAGUGUACCACCGUCAUUGCCAUAUUUGCACUCCCUGAAAUAUAUGAAUCUCAGCUAUAAUAAUCUUUCUGGAAUAAUUGGUGAUGUUUUUGUUAACAUGGAAAGCUUAGUAACAAUGGACUUAUCAUUCAACUCUUUUGGUGGUGACCUACCAAGAUCAUUUAGUUCGUUGAACGAUCUUCACUAUCUUUAUUUACAGCAUAAUGAGUUUACAGGAUCUGUGAUUCUGUUAGCAGACCUUCCAUUGGUAGCACUUAACAUUGAGAAUAAUCACUUCAGCGGUUAUGUGCCUGGAACUUUUGAGUUUAUUCCUGAGUUGAGGAUUGAUGGAAACCAUUUUCAACCAGGUUUCAAACAUUCAUCAUCCUCAUUUACUAGGACCACCCAUUCACCUCCACCUCCACAUCGUCUUCAACCUCCACCUCCAUCUCUACCUCCACCUUCACCAGCAGCUAAGCAGAAUUUAAAGCACAGGCCAAAACCUCCGCAGUCUUCUGUUGGCUAUGCUUCUCUGCAGAUUCCUAGUCACCAGAGGAAGUCGCACUCUCGAGUGACAGCUGCUGCAAUAGCUAGUGUUGCUUGCACAGUUUUUGUACUCUUCGUUGUUGGAUUGGUUCUGAAAAGCUGGAAAGGUUGUACAUCCGGUCCGAAGAGCACUGCUGACAAUAUCAAGUCUUUACCGGCCAAUUUGGAAGUCCCUAAAGCAAAUGAUGUCAUGUACUCUUGGAGUUCUCUUAUGAUUGGCCGUGGGACUUCCUCAAGCAAUAAUAAUGGCAUUAAACCUGGAAGAGUUCCUAAAAGGAAAAGUUGGGUCAAGACUUCCAAAAACCUUCUACCUGCAAAACAGUUUCUGGCAGUUGAUAUUUUGGCAGCUACCAGGAACUUCAAUGAAGAAUGCCUUAUCGGUGAAGGUUUCACUGGUCGAGUUUACAGAGGUGAUUUUCCUGAUAGCCAGCUCCUGGCUAUCAAGAAGAUCAACAUGAUAGAUUUGUCAUUAUCAGAACAAGAUGAGCUCAUGGACAUUCUUUGGAAUAUGUCCAGAUUAAAGCACCCCAAUAUAUCUUCACUUGUGGGCUAUUGUGUGGAGUUUGGGCAUUGUGCUCUCCUGUAUGAGUAUGCAGAAAAUGGCUCUCUUGAAGAUCUUUUGUUUUCAGCAGCCACAAGCUCCAGGGCUUUGUCAUGGAAAGCUCGGAUGAAGAUUGCUCUUGGAGUUGCCUAUGCUCUGGAAUACAUGCAUUUGACGUGCUCUCCUCCAGUUGCUCAUGGAAAUAUUAAAGCUACAAAUAUUUUGCUAGAUGCUCAGCUCAUGCCCUACCUCAGUCACUGCGGGUUAGCGAAGUUCAGCCAUUUUGUCAGCGCCACAAGAAUGGAUUCAGAAGCUCUCAGCGGUGCUAAAGGCUAUGCUGCCCCCGAGCUUAAUGGCCCAGGAACAGAUAACAUCAAAGCUGAUAUUUACAGUUUUGGUGUGAUAUUGCUUGUGCUUUUGACUGGGCAAAAGGCAUUUGACAGGAACCUUGUCUUUUUCAGUUCAAGAAAGCAGAAUGAGCAGUUUCUAGUUGAUUGGGCAUCUCCUCAUCUCCAUGACCUUGAUUCUCUUGAAAGAAUAACUGAUCCAAGAAUACGUGUCUCUAUGCCACCUAAAGCUAUCUCUGCAUUAGGCAACGUCAUCUUGCUUUGCAUUAAGCAAUCACCAGAUUUCCGUCCACCGAUGACAGUCAUAACAGACAAAUUAGUAAAGCUUGUCCAGUCAACAGGCAUUCAAAAGACCAACGCAGCACAGAAAUUGGAAGUUGAUGCUCAGGACCCCUCUUUCAUAACAACUCGACCAUAUUUUGAGCCAUCCUCUACUGUCAGUCAGGGUGCAACUGAGAGCUGCAUCUCCCGGUGACGAAGACCUGCUCUUCUACUCAAAUUGUAUCAGGUCUUAUGAUACUUCGUGUUCUUGAGGUAACUCCGAGUAUCUGAAGCAUCGCAGCUCUUUGCAAUUUUCCGUCAAUGCCAAUUGGCGAUACCCUAAACUGCUAUUUGGGACGCACUUACCACAGAAGACAUUGGAACAUACGAUGCUUGACCACGUGGGAACCGGGGAAGCAAGUAACCGAAAUACACUAUGUUUUUGCUCACUCUGGUAGAAUUUUUUUGGAAGCAUGGGUAGCAGGGCUCUUAGCGUUUUGUCUCGUGAACUGCUAAAUUUACCAGUCUAGCUGACAUGGGGAUGCUGCUUGGAGACUUUUCUUGUAAGUAUUAGCUCCAGCAGUCCAGCUGGCUGGUCCACGUUCACCCGUUCCCCACUCCUGUGUAGUUCAGCUGUAUUCUCGCUUUCUGUCUUGAAACUGUGGUGUGGACGAGAGAUGCCCAUUAGCCACUGGACACUGGCCUCCAGCGCGGCAUAAGAUCUGACCUGGCCCUCAUGUUACCAUGCUGCUUGGUUCACAUGUCACGAUUUUUUUUUCGGAUGAGAUGUGCCGAACUGAUAAGAUCUUUCUAGAGGGAGUAAUUUUGCACCGGAUAAAACCAACGGUCUUUGCUUUGCAAUCGAUUCCAUGAACUCUGGCGAAUUCCAUUGUUCGUGACGGUAGCCAUGCAGGCGCCCCCUUUGGCAACAUAUUUCGUUUGCAGCAGUUUGGGGAGCGUGACGUGUUAGUACUAGAGCUUUAUGUUUGUGUCAAUGGCAGCAAGCUGGUAUUGUGGCUGCUAUGACAUCAAGUGGUGGUUGUCGACCUAUAUUUUCCGGAUCUGAUGAUGGUGGCACAAUGAAGUUUUGUCAAGAGCUCCGUACUUAGUCUCUAGGUGAAAACCCUAGAUUUAUCCAUAGUCGGUUAAAUCUGGCGACGUCGAUUUGAUUUUAAGAUUGGGCUUUCGCGUGUACGCUAUAUGGUGGUCACUGUGGUUCCGCGGCUUGGCCUCCAUGUGUAUCAUCUUGACGCGUAAGUGGCGCAGAGCAAUCAAAUUAUUUCUAAGUUAGAUCAGUCAAUUGCUCAGCCUUCAGAUUUGGUUUGUGUUUUAAGAUUCGAAAUUAAUGAUGAAGAAAGAGGAGUGGAGAUAAUGCUUAGAUACUAAUCUAACGGUCUUGACAAGUCGACUAAGACUUAAGCCUCUUACUUAAAAAUCAGGUGCCCGGAGACAUAGCCGCACCCAAGAAAUAAACUCACAAUUGGAAAUACCUUUUUUCUUCUUCUUGAACUAACCUGUGCUUCAUUAGAUGACCAAGAUGUUUACAUCGUUCGUUAAGACAGGUAUAAGAA